AUGUCGAUCUCCAACAUUCAGUCUGCCUUGGAAGCAAGGUCGAUGUGGCAGCACUUUGUGGAGCAGUACACAAGUCGAGGACUCACGAACCUUCGAGACAAGCUGGUGGCCAUAGCAGGCGUGGCUGAGCUUAUUCAGCCUCUCAUCGGGUCCGAGUAUGUCGCUGGGCUGUGGAAACGCGAGCUCGUACCCGACUUGAUAUGGAUGGCAAGGAGCAGCCCUCACGAUGAUCUCCCGUUCUCGGAUUAUACCGCCCCAAGUUUCUCUUGGGCAUCGAUAGGAGGUGCCGUGAUGCCGUGUCGAGGCAGAAUCAUAGAGGAAUGUCAACUACUAGACGCCCAGGUCUCUCUAUCGGGUUCGAGUCCCUUCGGCCAAGUCUCUGGCGGCUGGAUCCGUCUUCGUGGUUAUCUGCUCACCACGACUUUCAUCGCGGGAGAAUUUUUUUUGAGCGACGAGAACUGGGUUAGGCGAGCGAUGUUCGACGGCGGGAUGGAGGAGUUCACUUUCAUGAACCACGAUGGGCAGCUGGAGAAGGGGAACGGUCGGAUGCGUUCGGGUUCAAAACCGAGAGACCGCACCUGUCCAAUUUCCCUUUCGCUUUUCUAUGUUGGGUUUCUUGAGACUGAUGGAGAGAAGUCAAUACAGUUUUUCCUGCUGCUAGGCCUGUCUCCGAGGGACCCGACCUGCUAUGAGAGGGUGGGCAUCUUGGCCCUAGACAGGAAAGAUGAUUGUGGAUCUCCGUUCAACCAUGAGUGGCCGCUGCGCUUUGACGAAUGGUCUCUGACGACGAUCACUAUCGUCUGA